AUGGCUCACUCGAGUGAGUCUGAGAGAUUGGUUAAUGGCAUGUCUAGUAUUCUAGAGGAGGACAAUGGAGAGCAUGGUGAAUUGUUGGUCCGUAAUGAGGGUCAGGCGGGAUCUGCUCCAGAUAAGCAUGAUGACCGCAGCUCAAAAGAUAUAGAACCUGCCAGCCAAGAAGGAACAUAUGUCAGCACACCAUCAUCCAUUGCAAAAUUAGAUGUUGAUGAUUCCAAAAAGGAUGAGGAUGUUAGCAAAAGUGUGACAUUUGCUGAAAACAUUGAGGUGUAUGAUUUAAAUAGUAAAGCUGCCACACCUAUAACUGUGAGCCUUGAUACACCAGUGCAUGAUGUUGAUUUGCCACAUUCUGUCAUUGACUCUUCCAGUGAUGUCCCUAAUGAUUCCGCUGCAGUUUUAACUGUUGUUGGUGAAAGCUGCUUAGCUGACAGUACCUCUGUUCAUAAAGGAUCUGUGGCAUCACGGCCUGCAGAGCUGACCCUCUCAUCACAGGCAGAAACUAAAGACAAGUCAUCUGCCUCAGAAACAGCACCACAAGAAGGAGAACACACUGGGCACAGGCAUUUUGAUGUCUCAAACGUGGAUGAGUCUGAACUGAGGAGGCAGAUUGAGAUUGAAAACAAGGAGAAUGAUCUAGAAGCAGCCAAAUUGGAUUUGGAAAAUAGACCAUUACUUGAGAAAAUACCCAAUGCUUUUGGAGAUAAUUUUUCUGAACAAAAUACACAUCGAGCCAACCAGGACACAAUUGGUCCACUUGAGAAUCCAACUUUCCUUAAAAUGUUGAAUUAUUCUGUAAGCCAAGCAGUUGAGGAUGAUGCCUUUGGUGGCGUUUCAUGUCUGGAUCUGGAAAAUAUUGGUGGUACGCAGUCACCAGCAGACAUGGAUGGUGGUUGGGCCUGGGUGGUGCUUUUUGCAGCAUUUUUCUCCCUGUCUCUUACUGGUGCUACUAUGUUUGCUGCAGGUGUCCUGAUGUCUGCUAUCUUGGAGCAGAUUGAGAAUGACCUUACAAAAGCAUCAUGGAUUGGAGCAGCACAUUUAAGUGUUACAUGUAUGUCAGGACCAUUUGUAGGUAUUAUUUUGAAUCGUCUUGGAGCAAGGCUGACAGCAUUUAUUGCUGGACUUGUUCUGUCGCUUGGUCUUUUUGCAGCUGCGUUUGUUUCAUCCAUUGUGGGGCUGAUCUUUACCCAUGGACUUAUUGCAGGACUUGGAUCAGGGUUUAUCUUGAACACAAUGUUUGUGAUUGUUGGUCAGUACUUCAACCGUUACCGUGGGUUAGCUUGUGGAGUGUUGGCCACAGGUUCAGGGGCAGGGAUGCUUGCAGGGGGAUCUUUACUGAUGGCCCUUUUCAAUAGCUUUGGUUUGAGCGGGACAUACUUACUGUGGAGUGGUGUCACAUUACAUUCUGUUAUCUUUGCCAUGUUGCUGCGGCCUUCUCCUGAGGAGCGGAUCAGAGCAGAAGAGAAGCAGAUGGCAAAUGUCACCACGCUGACUAAAGAGCAAGAGUUCCAGAGUGAUCUGAAUAGCAUGAUGAGUGGACUAAAUAGUUUAUAUGGCGGUGAUCAGCACAGUGUCUUCAGCGGCAGAACCAGUUCUGUCAGGAGGGUGCAGAGGUACCCUAGCAGGGCAAGCAGGCAGGACAUUGGUGUUGCUCCACUUCUGAAGACUGUCCUCCACAAAGACAUUUCCAGGUCAACAUAUUCUGUAGCCACAAAUCGAUCUGUGAAAUCACAUCGCAAGAGCAAUUUGAAUAUACCUUCUAGUCCAACAGUUAUUCAGAGCAAAUUCAUUUUUGCACCUCAGACUGAUACUAUUAACAUACCUUACACGCCUAGUCCAGGAAAUACGCCGAUAGCACACAGUCCACUGGCUUCCAACCCACUCUCUGCCCAGGAUCAGACAGAUGAGACAGCUGCCAAUGAAAAAAUCAGCAGCCUGAACCAGGACACGCUUCAGCCACUGAGCAUGCCUGACAAAAAUGUGUCUGAUCCAGCUUCACAGAAUGCACCAUCAUCUCCCACCAUCAGUCGAGCCCCUUCUGAUCUUAACCGGUCUUUCCGCAAGCGCCUUCUUUCAGGGUCAUCUCAGACACCAUCUCAGUACACUUCUAUGGGACGUCUGAGUUACCGGCCAUCUAUUCGGGAGCAGUUGCAGCGUAAUGAUCUUGAUAAUGAGUCUCUAGCAUCGACUCUAGUGUCUCAUCUGCAGCCACAAGAUGCUUUGAAUCCAAGAUAUCGGCUUGGCUCCCGUAGUAUAUCAUCAAUGAUGGGCAGCAUUGCAAGCUUUCCGACUGCCCUGGCUAUUGUUAAAGAUGAUUUAGCACGUCUUGAAGCAACUGAUGGAAUGGAAAACAAGACUGUCAGGGAUUAUUUCAUAAGUUUCCUGGACUCUCUACGACUGUUGAGGAACAAACCAUUUUUAGUGUUCAUCUCUACCUGUUUGCUGUGGGCACUUGCUGACUCACCAUUUUGUUUGUAUCUACCAGCUUAUGCCAUGAGAAAAGGAUCAUCUCCAAUGCAAGCCUCCUCCCUGUACACUGGAAUGGGGUUUGGUUCAAUGUGUGGCAGGUUCUUGUCAGGGCUUGUUGCUAGUGACACUGACAUAGGACCUAUUCUUCUUCACAUUGGUUGUCUCGGAGUUGCCAGCAUGGUUGCAGGGUUGAGUCCAUUGUUCACAGAUACGUACUUACAGCAGUUAAUAUGUGCUGGGCUCUUUGGGGUGUACACCGGAUCGCUUGUGCCUCUGUCUUCAUUGAUUACUAUUGAGUUGCUGGGCAUUGGGGAAUUGGGACUAGGAUUUGGAUUCUUGUCUAUGGCUCAGGGAAUCGGUUACCUCGCUGGUCCUCCAUUGCUAGGUGUCGCUAUUCAGGCCAUAGGUUAUGAAGGAAGUUUUGUCAUUGUUGGAAUCAUUUUCAUAUGUGCCAGUCUUCUGGCAAUGGUGAUUGCAAUUUUACUGAGGAAUGCUGCCUACGAUGAGGAUUUGCAUGACUCGUUUGAUGAUCUGGAGAGAGCUUUGAGGAGGAUUUCAGACACUGACAGCAAAGAUGAAGGUAGUGAUGAAGAGAAUUCCCACCAAGAUGAAGACCAGCAUGGUAAGUCUCCUGCUUUUCAUGGUUCCCUUAAGAAGAAGGAGGAUCUUGGAACUUCUUUGGAUGAUGCACCUUUGCAUGAUGGAGGUGGUGACCGAAAAGAUGACUCUAAAUUGCUACCUUUGACAGAUGAAAACCCAACUCCUGCAAGUGAAUUAGAAACAAUUACUGAAGAAAGGUAA